AUGCAGUGGCUGAUUCUAGCCUCCUUCUGCAUCUUCUCCUGUCUCGCCAACGAGAUAAAAAACGCUACUGCUAAAGGUUCGUACGGUAGUUACGAUCAGCCAAGCUACUCUCCACCCAGCUAUGAUCAGGGAUACGGUAAUGCUCCAUACGGACCGUACAUGGCCUAUCAGUACAUGUCACCGCCACCACCACCACUGGUAGACCGCGACGUCUGUGAUUUGGACGCUUCUGUACUGCUCGUGGUGCACAGCCGUCGAACUCAUCGUGAUCGUCACCAUCCUCCGGGUCAUCCUCCGAUGAACCGCGCUCAUCGAGUCAGGUGCUCCGUCAUCGCAAACUACGACGAGGACUCCUGCAACGCUUGCUGUCAGCAUGCCGCACGUCGUGACAAGAGCAUGCCAAACUCUGCCUUCGUCGGAUUCCUCGCUGUCACUGACGAUUUCGAAGGCCGACGUGACGACAGCCGCGAGCGCGACCAUGACUUCUCCGACGAGGAUAUGGGCCACGCUCGUGUUAAACGCUCACACCCUCACUCUACGAAGGUGAACUACGUCAAGCUUCAUGAGCAAGACUUCGCGCCAAAACCGUACUACAAGAACGUGAAGUGCGUCUGCUGUGCUCCGAAGAGAAGUCUUCCACCACCACCACGAGUCUAUCCAGCACAGCCACUCUACGGACAACCUGUCGCUUCUCAGCCCACCUACCAACAGCCAGUAGUUUCACCGCCUGUCUACCAACAGCCAGUGGCUUCACCGCCUGUCUACCAACAGCCAGUGGCUUCACCGCCUGUCUACCAACAGCCAGCUGCCUCCCAGUCAACCUAUCAACCUGUAGGUCCUCCCGCUCAGGCACCACCUACUCAGGCACCUGCUGUAGAAUACCCAACUGCACCUACGGCACAGGCUCCUCCUCAGUCUGGCUACCAGCAAGCGGCACCACCAGCUCAGAAUCCCGUUCCCUCACCGUACUGA